AUGCUUGCAGAGGGAGAUGAUCCCCUCUUCGCGGGGGCUAGAAAUCCGAAUGCCACCGCUGAUCCAGUCUACGGAGAGGGCUAUAGAUUUCUUUUCUUCUUUCGGAGGCUCGAGGAACACAGUGUUCUCAUCAAGACACGCAACUUUAGGAUGGUACCGACGACACAGGAUGCAAGAGAGGAAGAACCGGAACCAAUUUCUCAACCUGUCUCUAUGGCUCUGACGAGUGGUUCUCGAAAACGAGGGAAGAAACGAGCACGGACCACCGACGAAGACGACGACGUCGAGAUGGCAGAGGAAACAGCGCCAGGUAGAAAAACGUCCAAACGUAAGAAGCCAAGAACUGCAACACACGUACUCGAAGGGGACGCAGAAGAUGAAGGUCAGGUCAGCGAUAAUGGCUCGAUUUAUGAUCCGGAUAUGGACAACCAGCUCCAUGAAGAUGGCGUCAAACAAGAAGAGACGGACAUCAUACUUCCUCCUGCAGAAACGUUGUCCGUAGACGUCGAAGAGGACAAGCCGAAGAUGGCUAUGCACCUCUCUUACACCGGACACCAUGUUGCGGGCCGCUAUAUAUGCGUCGUUGUUGCUCCAUGGCCACCACUACGACCUGACCAACUCCCACCUGAACCGGCAGUCGAGCCGCUGGAGAGUAGGUUCAGAGUCGCUCCCGAGGUACCACGACUGCAGAAUAUCGCCGAAAUGCCACCAAAUUCGCGAGCGGGUUCGGUCAGAUUUAGGUCAGAGACUCCACUAUUUCUGCCUGAGGAUGGUCUUGUGAGAGACGAGACACCUGCUCCAACUCGGCAUAUCCAGACUAGAACUCUCCCACCCGUACCGCCCUUCGAUAACGCAGCAUCCAUCGCCACUGAGAAUGACAAUACGGACAACUUCAUGGCGUUCAGUCAGGCAUUAGCCAAUGUCCAGUACCAAAUCGGAGGUAGCGACUCAGAGGAGGACUAUAUGAGAGGAGACGCUGAUGAAGAGCAACGUGUGAUUGAAUAG